ACUUGUAUUUUGCCUAUAGACAAAAAACAGGUGUGCUAUCUCUUUUCUUUGAGCUGCACUUGCGUGAAGGAUGAGUCACGAGGACUGGACUGUCGCUUCUUUCAAUCGGACUGCUUUGAAGCGAGUGUUCGCAUUUGACAUAUUGUGCUGAACAUGCUGGGAUCAGAUUGAUGUGUCAUGGAUCCUGAGGAGUUGGAGCUUCAGAACGACUACCGUUACCGUAGCUAUGCGGCAGUCAUUGAGAAAGCGCUGCGAAACUUUGAGUCCUCUAGUGAGUGGGCCGAUCUCAUUUCCUCUCUGGGAAAGCUCAACAAGGCCCUGCAGAGUAACCUUCGUUACUCGCUCCUGCCCAAGAGGCUGAUCAUAGGGAAGCGUCUGGCCCAGUGUCUGCACCCGGCCCUCCCCAGUGGAGUGCACCUCAAGGCUCUGGAGACCUAUGAGGUCAUCUUCAAAAUAAUCGGAACAAAAUGGCUGGCCAAGGAUCUGUUCAUUUACAGCUCAGGAUUGUUUCCGCUGUUGGGCCAUGCAGCCAUGGCAGUGAAGCCUGUCCUGCUGACACUAUACGAGCGUUACUAUCUCCCGCUGCAGAGGGCUUUGCUGCCAAGUCUUCAGGCUUUUAUAACAGGACUUCUGCCAGGCCUGGAGGAGGGUCUGGAGGUCUACGACAGGACUGAUGCUUUGCUGCUCAAGUUGUCAUUGCUGGUGGGUCAGCAGGUUUUCUAUGGUGCCCUGUGGGGCAGUAUGCUGGUCAGCCCCUUGGUGCGACUGCCCGCCACAGUCUUCAUAGUCACACACUUUGACCGCAUGUUGACCCUGCACCAGCAAGCAUACAUGCUCGGCUUCGACCAUCGCCUUGUGGUGAAGUCAGUGUGUCUUUCUCUGCAAGAUGCUAAUGUCUUGGUUCAGAGGAACACACUAGAAAUCCUGCUCUUCUUUUUCCCUUUUGCUAAAUGCCUGGAUCCAGAGGAGACCAGCAUUACUAUGAGUGUUGAAGAGAUGAUCACAUUGGUGUCUGCCGCGUCACUCACCCUACUCCGCAGAGACAUGUCCCUCAACAGACGCCUCUACGCCUGGCUCCUAGGCACAGACACAAAAGGAGAAAUGGUGGCACCACAUCCCACCCUCUCCACUACUGCACAGGAACAUACAUCCUUCUACUUCAACAACUACUCCAAAGAUUUCAUUGUGCAGGCUCUGAUUAACAUCCUCAAACAGAAGGAUUUGGAGAGAAACCCGGAGAUCAUAACUGGAUACCUCAGGCCUUUUCGCAUCAUCAUCAGCCUGCUUGAUAAACCGGAAAUAGGUCCAGUGGUCUUGAGUAGUGUGCUGUUGGAGGUGGUCCGAGCCUUCUACAGCUACUGUCGAGAGAUGGUGGGGGAGGAAACCAUCACGAGCUCUGGGCUCUCAGGAAACCAGCUGGCCAGUAAAAUAAAAGAGAAUAAGAAUGCGUCAGAGAUUAUAAAGGCGAUGAACAUGCUCAUAAGCUCCAUGAACAGUGAAUACUUGUGGGAGUACAUGACCCGACGCUUCUGCGCUUCUCUACGUGACAAAGAUGACCCACCAACACCUCCUGAGCAGGACCGCAGUCACCUUGCUCCCUCUGUCACAGAGAUGUCCAAUCUGGUCAUUUUUCUGCUCGAUGUUCUUCCUCUGGAGCUCCAUGCUGAUAUCCAGUCCCAGUUUCUUCCAGAAAUGCUGAGCACCAUGCUCCAAAAUCUGUCCAGCCACAUGGACUCCGUCAGCCUGGAAGAUGUCACACAGGGCCUGCGCACCUGCUUCAGGGUCCUGAGUAAGAUCCAGAUGCCUGUGGCUUAUAUGGAUGUUGAGGCAGGGGCACAGACAGAGGAGAUGGAGUCACAGACAUUAGAAGAGGAAGAAAAAAAUGCACAGUCCUUUAUCCAGGAUAUGGAGAAGGAGGAAGAGAAAGAUGGCAGUGUUGGUCAGCCUAAUGGUCACCAUGAACUUGAAGAGCUGAACAGAGAUGGAGGGGAUGAGGCAGAAUCUGCAGAUGGUGUUUACCCAGCACUCAGGUCUGAGGACAGUGGAUUGGGAAUCAGCGCCUCACCAUCAGAGCAGCAUCUCCUGCCAGGGAUGGGGGCUGAGGGAAAUGGAAUUUGCAAAGAGGGUGAAAGAGUGUGGAGGAAGGGAGGCAGUAUAGACACCAUGACCCAGUGUCUGCAGGACAUCCUGGCCUCCAUAACCACAAGAUACCUGCUGGUGCAGGUGGAGGAUGUCAGGGGAGAAGAGGAAGAGCCUCAGCCUGACCUAAGCACUGUCUCUGUGGAUCAGAAGACUUUGUUGACAGGCAUUGGUGGACGGGAAAUUAAAGACAAACUGACUGAACUGUUCACUCCAAACAAGCUUAAACACCGCUCUACAUCUAUAUCUGAUACCCCGCUCUCAGCAGCCCCCACCGAGAAGAAAAAAGAACGUGCACAUGCAGGGUGUCUGGACUGGGCAGCUGGCUACAUGCCCCGAGGCAGGGCAGAGAUUUCUGAGGCCUGUCGACAGGCCUUCACUGCCACCUGCCACCUGCUGCUGGAGUGCACUACCUUCCCUGUUUACCUAAGUGAAGAGGAGACUCUGGCUCUCCAUACAGACAUGUUUGGUCUUACAGGGAGUGAUGUGGACACCCUGCCAGUGUGGCUAAGGUCCUUGAUGACACUGUGCUGCCUGUCCAGGGACUACAGCAUCCAACACACUGCAGUGGCCUCUCUGUUGGAGCUCAUCAACCACUCUCAAUCCUUAGCGCUUGUGAUCCAGGACAAGCACAGACGCUACCAGAACUCUGACUCUAAUCCUCUGAGCGGCCGGCUGCAGAUGGUCACUGUGCCACCCAUCUACCCUGCUGUGCUUCAUGCCAUAGAGGAGGGCACAGAUUUCUAUCAGAGGGUGUCCCAGGUACUUUGGAGCCAGCUGGACAUGGAGCGUAGAGAACAGCACACUUCCUGUGUGGAACUCUUUUAUAGGCUUCACUGUUUGGCUCCAUCAGCAUCCAUCUGCGAAGAGAUAAUCUGCCAGGCACUAUUGCACAAAGACAAGGCUGUUAGGCUGGAAGCACUGCACCGCUUCACUGUUCUAUGGCACCUGACCCGGGAGAUCCACACCAACAGGACCAUGUCCCUCAGACGCUCCUUUGACCGGUCUCUGUGUGUCGUGGUGGACAGUCUCAGCUGUACAGAUGGCUCAGUAAGCGCAGCAGCGCACUGCUGGCUGGCCAGGGCUCUGUCCCUCAAUGACGUGAUCCGGAUCCUGGAGCCUAUUCUGUUGUUGCUGCUUCACCCGACUACUCAACGCAGCAACAUUCAGAGCGCCAAACAAAAUCUCACUGCUGGCAACCUGAAGGCUCUAAACAAUAGAAGUCGAUCCUCCACAAAAACAUCUGGGACAGAUGCAGAUGCCAUGGCCACAGAGGUCACCAGCUUAAAUCUCCUGAACAUUGUGGACCGGGAAUUCAUGUGGGCAGAGUUAGACAGUGAUCCAGAGUUACCCAAACUAGCAGACACUUUCGUAGUAUCCCGGAGUGAGAGUGAAGAGACAGAGGAGGAUGAGGGUAGAGAGGAGGAAGAGGAGGAGGAGGAGGAGGCAGAGAGCGAACACACUGAGUCAGCUGACACCAGUGGUGCCCAGGUAUCCACAGAGAACUCCAGCUCUGGUUCUGUCCCCUAUCGCAGCAUUGAAGAAGGAGGCCUGGUCAACGGCCUGCGGAGGGUAGAGUCCGAGCACACACAGGCAUCGGAUUCACUGUCAAGUGAGGAUGAGGAAGAUGUAGAGCUGGAGGCCAUGGCCAGGUCUCGCCUGUUAAAACAGGAGCGUGAGAAGAGAGAGGCGAUCGACUCUCUGUUCCGUCACGUGCUGCUGUAUCCUGUGGCAGGCGGUUGGCGCCAUCUGCUUCAAGGCUUGGCUCUGCUAGACAGCCUUCUGAGGAGUAGUGCUCAGUGCCCUCUGGUGGAUGCCCUCUCCUCCACCUCUCUGGACACGAGCUCUGCUGCACAUUUAAAUCUGGUCUCCAACCUCUUGCAGCGCCACCAACAAGCUCAGGAUGGCAAAGGUUUCUACGGCUGCUUGCUUUCCCCUUCCUCCUCCCCCUCUGUGCCCCCAUCCCUGAUUAUUGAACUGUUGGUGUCCUUGUGCCUGCGAUUUCUGCGCUCUCAUUAUCCGUCCUACCUGAGUCUUGGUCCUCUUGACUCGCAGGGAAACAGAGAGGUUCAGGUAAAGAGUGUGGAGGUGCUGACACGGUUGGUGAACCAGCUUGGUUGUGUGGCACGGGGACAAGAAGGCAGCGGGGCCAGUCUGGAGCCCAUCCGCAGACUUCUCUCCGGAUGUAAAGUGCAGCAAUAUGCUCUGCUUACACUUUCUGCAUCCAUGUAUGUCAGCCAGAGGGGAAUGGACAAGGGAGCACCCAGGAGUGUGGACAUGCUGGAUCAGCAGGGAAGCCUGUCGGAGGAGAGCCUGGUGAAUGUUGGAACAGGGGGACAGGAGCAGUACCCCUUACAAAUGGAAUUACUAAAACUCCUCCAGGCUCUUAUAGUCCUGGAAUACCAUGUGUGGCCUGGUGGGGCUGUCUCUGCAGCUGGGUCAAGUGGAUCAUCUGGCCAGCCUGGGGAGCCUCGUGAAAUCCCAACUGCUACCACCCCCCUUGCUCGUGAGUGGCAAACCGCUGUCCUUUUCCAGCAGUCCAUCAAGGCGGCCCAGUAUGUCCAAAGCCACCCCAUCACAGCUCAAGGAAUGUUUGUCUCUGCUGCAGCGAGGGCUCUGCAGCCACAGUAUGGCUAUUCCAUGCACCCCCACUGGGUUUCACUGCUGUGCUCCUCUCUGCCCUACUUGGGUCGCUCAUUAGGCAUUAUUGUGGCUCCUCUUAUCAGUCAGAUAUGCAGGAACCUGGAUGAGCUGGUCAAGCUUUAUGAGCACGACGGAGGAAAGACAAAUCAGAGCCUGAGUGGCAGGAAGGAGAACAUUGCCCCUGACUACCCUCUAACUCUGCUAGAAGGUCUCACCACCAUUACACACUACUGUCUAUUGGACAACAAGAGAUCCCUGGUUCCCUGUGAUCCUGUGGAUGUCCGUAAUGCGCGCAAUGCAGUGAUUGAGGCCCUGCCGCACAUGCUCAGUAGUAUGUCACUGUUAUGGGGCGUGGUCAUCAGAGAAGAGUUUCAGAGACGAGUAUCUGACACUGUACAGAGCAGCAGACACACUUCUACCUCUGUCUACUUUAAAAGCACCAAGAUUCUACGGCAGCGGAUCCUGGAGUUCCUUCUCCCCCUGACUGGGCAGUAUGGUGUUCAGCUCAUGGCUUCACUGGGAGUGGUGUGGAGCAGCAGGAAGAGUAAGAGGAGACAUAAAAACAAAGUUUUACCUGUGGCUGGUGAGUCUCGCCUAACCAUUGUGGAUCUGGUGAAAUCAUUGAACACCUUGCACACAGAGACCAUCCUACAUUUGGUCAAAGAGGUGGUGAAAAAACCACAUCAGAUAAAAGGAGAUCAGAAGUCAGCUCUGGUAGAUAUCCCCAUGUUACAGUUCAGCUACGCCUAUAUCCAGAGUAUUUCAGCUCCGGCCCUGCAGGAAAACAUCGCUCCUCUCUUCAGUAUUUUAAGGGAGUCUGUUCAGCUCAACCUGGCCCCGCCUGGGCACUUCUUACUGCUGGGAAUCCUCAAUGAAAUUGUUAACCGGCUCCCCAACCUGGACAAUAAGAAGGACACCCGAGAUCUGCAGGAGGUGACUCAACGGAUCCUCGAGGCAGUGGGUGGGAUCGCAGGGUCAUCUCUGGAGCAGACCAGUUGGCUCAGUCGCAGCCUUGAGGUCAAAGUUCAGCCACAGGUGUGCGCCGAGGCAGAAGAGCCUGAUGACGCAGAAAUGGAUGGUGACCAUUAUGAAUCGAUGGCCCAAGCUAGCACCAUGGUCUCCUCCUCGGCUCCCUCAGUUUACAGCGUGCAGGCUCUUGUACUCCUGGCUGAGAUCUUGGCACCACUUCUUGACAUGGUAUAUCGCAGUGAUGAGAAGGAGAAAGCGGUUCCUCUCAUUUCUCGGCUCAUGUACUAUGUUUUCCCCUACCUGAAGAAUCACAGUGCCUACAACAUGCCCAGCUUUGAGGCGGGUGCUCAGCUGCUGAGCAGUCUGAGUGGAUAUGCCUAUACCAAAAGGGCCUGGAGGAAAGAGGUCUUUGAGCUCUUCAUGGACCCCCUUUUCUUCACCAUGGAUGCCACCUGUGCACUUAGCUGGAAAUCCAUAAUUGACCACUUGCUGACUCACGAGAAGACCAUGUUUAAAGACCUCAUGAGUAUGCAGAGUGGCUCCCUGAAACUGUUUGCUAGUGCAGACCAGAGACCCAUGCUGCUGAAGCGCCAGGCAUUUGCCAUGUUCAGUGGAGAACUGGAUCAGUAUCAUCUCUAUCUGCCCCUCAUCCAAGAGCGUCUCACGGAGGCUUUGCGAAUGAAUCCCAGCCCUGCUAUUUCGGCCCAGAUGUUCCUGAUGUUUCGUGUUCUCCUGUUAAGGAUUUCAUCCCAGCACCUGACAUCUCUGUGGCCAAUCAUGGUCACAGAACUGAUCCGCAUAUUUGCACGCCUAGAGAAAUCUCUACAGGCAGAUAAAGAUGUCUCAAAGUUGGCUAAAGUGGUACGUGGAGCCCUUGACAGAGGUGGACCAGUGAAUUUCUCUCAGGCAGAGCUGGACAUGUAUCUGUCAGCCUGCAAGUUUCUGGACACCUCCUUGGCAUUUCCUCCAGAGAGGAUACCACUUUUUCCGAUGUAUCGCUGGGCAUUUGUCCCUGAGGUGGAUGUGAACCGCUACAGUGGCCCAGAAAGCACACUGAUAGAGGGCGAACAGGAAUGCACACCCCACGUUGUCAGAAUACUGGAGGGAAUACAGCAACGAUUUACAACACUGAAUGGGCUGAGUGAAGAAUCAUCCACAGAGCACUUAAAGUUCCCCCUCCUCACCCAAAGCUCCCUGACCUCCAUUACCCAGCUGUUGCCUUUCCUUCGCACCCUUUGCUGUUCCUUCCAGGGCCCUCCACCCUACAGCCACCCUAUGCCCUACUUCCCAGUAGCAGACUACCCAGCAGCCAAUUCAGACGGAGUCCUGAAGAGGCUGGAGCGCACCACUGAGGAAGAGUUCCUGGACUCCACAGAGAAUUAAAAAUCAAGCAUGAAGCUGUCGUGAACAUAGUCCUCUUCUCACGCUUUUAAAACCCAGGGUACUGAUCUGCAGCCAUAUGAGUAGAAACCUGAAGCAGACACAGCGGUAAUGUUGUAUUGUGAACUAGAAAAUAAGGAAAUGUUUUGGAAUUCUGUUUUUUAACAUUUUAACUAGUCUGAUCUCCACAUGAAUACAUGUACCUCUGAGGUGUUCUCACACUGAAUCUGUAUUGGAAAAACCAAGGGACUGUACUGUAAUUAUUUCCAAUGGGCUUUAUGGAUAUCUGAAAAAAUAUAGUGUAAGCAUAAAUCCCAAAUAACUGCAGAAUACUUCUUCUCUCAAGGAUGAGUAUCACCUUUGUUGAAAAUGAUUUACGUGUCAUAAUGUCUACUCUCUUUGCUUUCAAUGAUUUUAGCCUGAAACCUUUUACCACUAACAAUGGUUAUUAUGAAAACCAAAUUCAAUUAACUUCAGAUUACAAGGCACACAUCUUGUAAUUACAAUAGUUCCAGUAAAGAUGUUUUGUUUGACACAAAACAGCAGACUGUGAAAGACCUUAUUAAUUAUAGUUGAUGCAUUCUUUUGACUUUUUCAUAACUCUAGUUAACCACGCUCUCUAGUAGAAACAUACAGUGCUUAUGUCUGUCUGACUUUGAGAAUGUAAAGACCAUAUGUCUGCAGGACAUUGUUGCAUUUUCUCUUUGUUAUUUGGAUGUCAUUAUUGGACCUCACAGGCCCUUGGUAAAGAUUUAUGUUUAGACUUUUAUUGGUAAGUUAUUGAAUGUGAUUUGUGUACACCAGUAAAAAACCCUUUGAAAUAUUAUUGGGUGUACCUCGCUAAAAACAUGCUUGCCAUUUUUUGGUGUUCAAGGGAAAUCAGCCUUCUUUGUAGUUGUUCAUGGAUAGUUUGUACAACUGCCUGUUAUCUUUUUUUCCUUGGUGCUGAAUGUUUGAGUAAUUAUUGUUUAAGUUAUUUUGGAUGUUGAAAGGACCAUGUCAAGUUUUGAAUUAACAGAAACAAGACUCAUUAAAUUAAUUAAG